AUGAACCGCUGUAAACUUUCAGCACUGCUGCUCCUCGGCCUGUCGACUGGUGGGGCUGCGGUUGCCUUCAGCCUGUGGGCCCGCAGGAAGAAUGCCAGGAAAGGCCCCCUCAGAGGGGAAGCUGAACUAGGAGCAGAGGCGGCCCAGCAGGAAGUUUGGGGAAUGAUGCCCAGUGUUGAGCAAGUGGAGCCUGAAAGCGGGAGAUGCUCUGGUCUCGCAGUCAUACUCGAGACAGAUCUGGAGUAUGGAAGCUCAGAUCCAGAGUUUAGUGAGUGGGAAGAUGAAAUGGGAGAUCUGUGUCCAGGUGAGAAUAAUCUGUAUUUACAGGCAGGUUAUUCAGAGCUCAGCACUGGGAAUCUGAAUAUAGAAACAGGGAACCAGAAUAUGGCUGAUAAUAUGGAAGAAAGGGACAAAGGAAAGCAGCAUGGAAUUAGUCCUCAAGAACAGCCAGGUGGAAAGCCAGGUCCCGAGUCAGCCCUCAGGAAUUUUCUUCCAGAUGUGGCCAGCCCAACAAUGACCCAAGUGGGUGAAAAUAAGGAUACUGGGGAUAAGAACAUGAUAAAUGAAAACCACAAUGAAGGAAUGGUUGCAGAGGAGAAAGUGGAAAAUGAAAACAAAGACAAUGUAAUUGUCACAGAAGAGAAAGUGAGAUGUGACAGUGAGGAUCAAGAAGUGGGUGGCGAAGAACAAGUGAAGAACGAUGAAGAGAGCCCAGAUUGUGGAACAGGUGACGCUCCAAUGGUGCUGAUGGGAGAGAGAAGAGUGCCGUUGAGCAGAAGUCUUGAAUCUGUAGGAGAAAAGCCGAUAUUUGAACAAAGAAGGUCCAUGGAGGUGAGAUCGGUGGAGCACAGGAAGAAACUGAACAAGAGAGGAGAUCCACCAAGAGGUCAAAAAUUCAAUACAGAUUGGCAGAGAUGUGGACAGCCAGAACGCAGAGAUGAGGAAGUGGAUUUCACAAUUUAUAAACCGGUGGCUGAAGAUAUGACACUCCGAUCAGGAUUCGGGAAAGAGGAGUCAGUAGCUGUCACAAACGACACAGAAGUUUCGAAUCCAAAUUCUUUCAUUAAAGCUGAAGACUUGUUCGUGGAUGAAGGUAUUAGAGCCAUGCGCAGAGGGAGUCAUCUGCUGAAGGUCAGGUCUCCCUCAUGGAUGAGAUUCCGCUUGUACAAGCUGCAGAAGGACUAUCAGACAGUGUGGUACAGCUCAGAAAAGAUCUGCAAGUGGGCCAGGAACCAAACCUUCUCGAUUUAUGACAUCGAGGAGGUGAGGGCAGGUCACCAUUCAGAGGUGACCUUGGAGAAUCGCAGUGAUUACAACUUCAGCAUCAUCUUUAAAGGAAGGGAAAAGAACUUGGACCUGGUGGCCAACAGUGCCAAGGAAGCUCAGUACUGGAUUAAUGGCCUUAAUAAUCUGAAGAAGUACUACACCAGAAAGGAAUGGAGAGAGAAGAACUGCUACAUGAUCAGAUAUCAGCUGGAGGGUCGCAACAGAGUCAAGGCCUACGUCAGCUGUCCGGACUGCUCACGUGCUGCAAGGUCAUCCAUUGCAGCAGGUUUGAAGGUGCCACCAGCAACCAGCUCCUGGAUGAGAUAGUAUCCUUCGUGGAAACUACGUUCGAUAAACUGGUGCAGGACUCAGACACACACUUUCAUCCCAUUGCCCAUCCUUCCUCUUCUUCCCCGACUCCCACUCUUUGUCCUCCCUCUCACACUCCCACCGUUUCUCCUCCCCACCCUCUUCCUCCUGCCCUCCCACCACAAUGCCUGCAGUGGCCCUCAAUGUUGGGCAGGAGAUAGACAUGUACCACGGUAAAUUGUGACAAUGGUUUCGCUGGUGAGAACCUGAAGACAAAGUUCCUGCGACAGAGAAAGCCCACAUUUGACCCGAGAACAUCCAGUUGGGACCCUGGCUGAACUGAAAGAAGCUGCACGUGAAGGAUACCACCACAUCCACCAUCUGUCUGCAAACGGUGAACUCCUGCCCUCUGCCUCGCUCUCCACCCACAUCAUGAUCGAAUGAAUCCUCGUCGUCAUCAUCUCCUCCGCUUGGAUUCCUGACUUACCAGGAGCUGGAACAGAGAACCACCUUGACCAGACGGAGAUGGACAGAGGGACAGUGGGAGUGGG